AAAAUGGUUAGUAUUUUAUUUUUUGAAGCAGCGGGGCCCAUUCAUGGCGAAUCGUCCGGUGACGAGUUAUGGUCAGACGAUAGAAAUAGGCACGAGAAUGCGAACUAAAACGACACCCUCACGUUGCGUUAUUAACCCAAACAACGACGGCACCACCACAACCAAACCAUGGUGACUUCGCCUUCUUCCUUAUCCGCCUCAUGUCCUCGGCCCUAGGCCCCUUGACUCUCCGUCUGCUCCUUGAUUUCUCCGCCCUAACCAAGAGCCUUUCUUCCAGUUCUCCGAUCGAUUGGGCGCAAGCUAGAAGGCUCCUCAGCUCACCCGCUGGCCAUGCGACCCUGGUUCUCCGCGAUCGCCCUCUCGAGAGAGGACUCCUUUGCUUUCGAUCGCAUUCGCAGCGGCAUAUUCGCGCGUUUUCACGACUGUUGUCGUCGGAGAGUCCGCGAUGGUCGCCGAGUCUCAUAGCCCCAGUCCCAAGGGCGUCCUCUGCAAUGCCGGCGCCGGCGCCGCCGCUGGGGUUAUUGCAGCUACCUUCGUGUGUCCUUUAGAUGUUAUAAAGACUAGGUUUCAAGUUCACGGGGUGCCCAAGCUCAGUAAUGGAAGUAUUAAAGGUAGUCUCAUAGUUGGUAGUUUGGAACAAAUAUUUCGAAAGGAGGGGUUGCGUGGCAUGUACCGUGGGCUCGCUCCCACGGUGCUGGCGUUGCUUCCAAAUUGGGCGGUUUAUUUUGCAAUGUAUGAGCAGUUCAAAAGCUUUCUUUGCUCUAAUGAUGAGAAUCAUCAGCUCUCAAUUGGUGCCAAUAUGAUUGCUGCGUCUGGUGCUGGAGCUGCAACAACUAUUGCCACAAAUCCUCUUUGGGUCGUGAAGACAAGACUUCAGACUCAAGGAAUGAGAGCAGGUGUGGUGCCAUAUAGAAGUACAUUGUCUGCUUUGCGGAGAAUAGCUCGUGAGGAGGGUAUUCGCGGAUUAUACAGUGGUCUUGUGCCUGCAUUGGCUGGUAUUAGUCAUGUUGCUAUCCAAUUCCCAGCGUAUGAGAAAAUUAAAAUCUAUUUGGCUGAACGAGAUAACACUACAAUGGAUACACUCGGUGCACGUGAUGUUGCUGUGGCCUCUUCAGUCUCAAAAAUAUUUGCAUCUACACUGACUUAUCCCCAUGAGGUGGUACGGUCGAGGCUUCAGGAACAAGGGCACCACUCUGAGAAGCGGUAUUCUGGUGUUAUUGACUGCAUUAAGAAAGUAUUUCAGCAGGAUGGCCUUCCUGGCUUUUACCGAGGUUGUGCCACCAACCUUCUCAGGACUACCCCUGCUGCUGUAAUUACAUUUACCAGCUUUGAAAUGAUUCACCGAUUUCUUGUUACUCUUUUCCCUCCUGGCUCAAGACCUCACACUUUGUGAAGAUGAAAUCAUUGAAGGAUGCAAGUGCGCAUAAAGCAACUUGCUUCACUUUGCCUUCACACAUGGUGAAGAUGGAUUAUACUGGAAUUGAGGAUCCUAUUAUGUGGAAUCUGUAACCUGGAUGGGGCUACUUGAAUUUCUAGGCAUUCUUGAGUUGGCCAGGUAAUGAGGCCAAGCUUAUUUAAACCUGAGGAACUAUUCAUUUUUUCUAGACUGCGUUUGUGUAUUUUAGUUUUUUCGAUAGUUCUGUAGCCACAUUUAAAGCCAUUGCAGUCCUCAUUGAAAGUUCUGUAAUCUCAAUUUAGCUGAGCAAGAAGUGGGGACUAUGUUAUAUUGAUGAUGAUGAUAAUGACGAUAAUAGUGUUGAAAUGUGACAAGAUAAUUAGUGGAAUAUUGUUUUAUCCCCGGUGGGCUGUGAGGACUGAAAUGUUUAUUUAGGAUCUGUUCAAGUUUCUAUAUCAAAGAUCUUCAUUUCUUU